UGAAGUUAUACUUAAUGCGAAAUUGUUCCUGUAAAGUAGUGCAGAGUCAAAUCAUGCAAUUCUCACAGAAUCAAGACGCAUCAGAAUUUGAAGUAGAUGUAGAAUUUCAGAAUGAAAAUGAAAACCAAACUUAUCGCAAUUUUUUACACUCGAAAUUCACGCAAAUCAAAAUGUUGUACAAGACAAACAGGAAAUAUUUCUUCAUUGGUUUUAUAAUUGUGAUGUUAGUGAUUAUGGAUAUUAUCAACGUAUCCUUGAAAAUAAAUCCUACAAAAUCAAAUUCUUUGGAUGCUACAAAUCAAGUCGACUUGAUAAAUAAAGAUUGUAGAAACAAGACAGAAUGUGAAACAGCACCUGACAAAAAGGAAUUGAAGUUUGAAUUUUUUACUACCGAAACGAGUACGAUUACAACGCAUCAAAGUACAUCGACUGAAUUUGAUAGAUAUCCCCAAAAAACUGACUUUUAUAAUUUACUCUUAUUUCUGGAAGGAAAGUCGAUAUGGUUGCUGGACUUAGAAACCGAAUAUCAUCAUAAUUUGCACGAAGUAAGUAAUUAUAUUAGUGCGUUUUACUUUAACUUCAAAGGUGAACUAAUAUGGUUUGAAGACCAAUCGAAAACGACUCAUUCAUUGGCAGAUGAGUAUAACGGAUUAUCCCUUCCACCAAACUUAAAAAUUAAGGCAAUUGCUGAUGAUUUUUCCACGGGAGACUCGUAUGCUUUAGAUGAAGAAGGAGAACAUUUACUUAUUUUCGACCAAAAUUAUCAUUAUUCAUCAGUUAUAGUUUCAGAUCUCAAGAACGCAACCGAUCUAAAAAUUGAUCCUUUUGCUAGGUUAGUUUUUAUAUUAGCUAAUGGUGAAAUCUUACGAUGUAACAUGGAUGGUAAAUCAUUGAAAACGUUAUCCUUAAGAAAUGAUAUCAAUUCUUUUGCACUCGAUUACAAGUCAAAAAAGAUAUACGUGCUUGGUAAAACCAUUAUCGAAUAUUCCAAUUACGAGGGAAAAGCUCGACAUUUUUUUUACAAAUUAGAAACAUUCAAUCACGUAACGAGUUUGACAUAUCAAAAUGAUAAAUUAUUUUGGAUGCAACAAGAUGAGCAAUCAUUACAACAUAUCAUGUAUUGCGAAGUCAAUAAACUAUGUCAAACGCCUUCUAAGAUCACUCUAGUUUUUGAAAAACUCGUAAGUAAAGUUAUAGCUUUUCCAAAUAAAUCAGAACUUACUACAGUUGCUAAUCCUUGCCAACAAGUACCAAGUGUUUGCGAUCACAUCUGUAUUUUGGGUGCUAAUAAUACGUAUACUUGCGCCUGUGAUCAAUUCCACCACCUCGAGGACGAUAGGAAAACUUGUAAGCUAACAGUGCACUAUCUUAUUUAUUUUUACAAAAACUCCUUUCGAGGCAAGUUCAUCGAUAAUUUUUCCUCCUCUUCCAAUGAUUUAAUUCCUUUUUUACCAGUGUAUUUUAAUUAUGAAGUUAAACAAUACCAUGACAAAAUAGUGUUUGGCAAAGGAUCAAAAGAUUUUGAAAUUUUCUUUUCUGAUUCUAAAAAUUUUUACAUCUUAAAUUUAAGAACUACUGAACAAGAAUCAAUUUUCCGAAUGAAUCCGAAUUGGGAACUGACAACACUUGAAGUUUACUUCUAA